AUGGUGAAUGAGCUUGAGAUGGUAGGUGAAGAGCUUUGGGCCAACGUGUAUGGAACAGAAUGCCUGGCGCGCAUCGACAAAGGGUCUGGAUCUGUGACGGGCUGGGUCCUGCUCCACGGGCUGCUGGAUAGGGAGCGUACGACUUGGCAAGCUGGUGAUGCUGGGUCUGAUGCGCCGGAUGUGCUUAACGGCAUCGCAUGGGAUGCUUCUUCAAAGCGACUCUUUGUCACUGGAAAGCUGUGGCCUCACCUGUAUGAGAUCCAAGUGAAGCCAUCGCAGGCUUGGGAGAACAGUGUGCGCGUUGGCUCCUCCGUGGCGCGCAAAGGGCUCUCUGAUGACGUCAUCACGAUGCUCAAGUGCUUAGAGAAGACCUUUCCAGAGGAGGUGUCAUUGGGCAGGGUACUGGGUGCCAAGGCGCCCAAAAAGCAACGAACAGUGGCCGACGAUGCCGUCGAAAUCCUUGAAGCGAGCCACUACCAGGAAAUGCCAAUUCUUCCCACAUCAGCCGAAAUGAUUGGUCACUGCGCCUUCGAAGUCCAGGAGAACAUGCAGACCUACGAGAAAUGUGCAGACUACAUUCAAACCCAUUUCAUGCUUCUGAGGGAGGACUACAUCGAGCCUCUUCGGGCUGGUAUCAAGCUGUUUAUGCAAGGGCGCCAUUCUCCCAAGGACCUGCACGUUUACACCGGUGUCAAGGUCGUUGGCGUGUUGAGCACUUGGGAAGGCCUCGUCUAUCGCAUCGAGCUACGUCGCGAAGAGAUUCGCAAAGUCAACUGGGAAAAGUCAAAGCAGCUGAUGUACGGAAGUCUACUUUGCUUCUCGGAUGACGACUUCAAGUCUUUGAUCUGGGCUACCGUCUGGCGGCGAGAUGCUGCACUUAUGUCUUCGAAGGCGCAGCUGGACAUUCGACUUCCUUUCGACCCCUGGGAUGACCGCCUGUCACCGGGCAAGGUGUUUUGUUGCAUUGAGAACGUGACCAUAUACUUCGAGGCAUACAGGCACGUCUUGAUUGCGCUCCAGAACAUGAGAGCGACGGAUGUUCCAUUUCAGCACACGUUGUUGAGCCCGCAACCGGAUCCAUUGCCUCCAACAUACCUCAAGGAGGAGACGGACAUGUUUCACUUCCACAAUGUCUUCACCAGUUGCGAGAAGGCGGACUCCGAAAUCUCAGCCCCGAAGUCCUUCCGCAUUUUGGCAGAAUGGCCUCCCGCGCUCAGGCAGGCGCUGGACCUGGACCCAUCGCAGCUGGACGCCGUGCAGCACGCACUGACCCAUCAAAUGGCAUUGAUUCAGGGCCCUCCUGGCACCGGCAAGACCUUUGUCGGCCUGAAGAUCGUACAGGCAAUUCUGGACAACACCAAACUCCUUCGACAUUCACCGGUUUUGGUAGUGUGCUACACCAAUCAUGCUUUGGAUCAGUUCCUGGAAGGAAUCUUCAAAUUCUGUGAGAAUAUUGUCCGGAUAGGCUCCCGCUCCAAGAGUGAGCAGAUGAUGCGGAGAAACCUGAAGGAGCUCGUUAUGGGCGUGCCACCAUCAAGGGAGUUCCUGCAGGCUCGGAAGUGCUUGACCGACCGCCGAGACUACUUGCGAGAUGAGCUUGCCAAGGCAGUUGUGCAGGUCGACAGCCACACGGUCUCGGCGGCUCAAGCCAAGUCAUUGAUGUCCGAGCAGCAGUUCGAGGAGUUCUAUCAGGGCUUCUUGGAUUACUUGGGCGAUUCCAAGGAAGACUUCCCAGAGGAUGCGUGGGUGGUCGAUGAUGAGAUCUGGUCGCGGGUGAUGAAGGAGUGGCUUGGAACAAGUGAUCCUUCGAGAUUCGCACCAGUUCCCAAACAUCAGGGUGGCGGUCUACCAUCUUUCAAAGCGUUCGGACUCACGGAAGAGAGCGACGAGGAUGACUAUGCGCCAUAUGGCUCCAAAGACGACGGAGAUGAGGAGGAGGCUGCAAACGAGGUUUACGACCGGAAGCUGGAUGACAAUGAGCAAGCAGAGCAGGUAGAUGAGAAGCGCAAGAGUCGGAUGGAUUUCUUCCAAGAACUGCACAAUGCCUGGUUGCCAUACCUGGACGAGUACUAUGAGAACUUGACUCCCGAAAUGCGUAGCUUGGAUUGGCGGGAAGAGAACCUGUGGCGACUGCUGCCGAACCAGCGACGUGAGUGCUACCGUCAGUGGCUUGUGGAGGCACAUGAAGAAGCACGAGGUGUCCUCCCAGAGCUUGCGCAUCUGCUGGAGCGCAACGCGGAAAGCAGAGCUGCACUAGAGCGAGACCGCAAGCUGGCCGUUCUGCGUGAAAUGCAGGUCGUGGGCAUGACGACGACGGCUGUGUCCAAAUAUCAGCAGCUGCUGAAGGAGCUCCGACCAGAGGUUGUCAUCGUUGAGGAGGCAGCCGAGGUACUGGAAGCCAUGGGUUCAGCGACUUCUGGAUGUUCGGGAGAUUGUGAGCAAUGCUCAACCUGUGCUCGCAAUGGGUGCGGUCACCUCUGCUUGAUCCAGAGAGAGCGGGAGAAGGAGCAGAAAGCCGUCAUGAAGACCUUCACAGUGAAUGCAUCGGCUCCGGAUGAUGACAGUGUCGCUCCAGAGCUUCAGCGGUACGCCGUGCAUGGCAGCGAUGAAAAAUUAUCGCCAAACAUCUGCUUCGGCGUUGCAAAUGGCGAAGAGGUGCUCUUCGAGGAGGUGCCGCUGCUGCCUCUACUUGGCUCUACUGUGCAGCUGGACGACAUGAGGCGAGGGCCCGCCAGUAGGCUCUUCAGGCCGGCCGGUACUCUCUUGCCUCCGACUCCAACUCACUUGAACGUGGCCGGCACUUUGUGGUGCUUCGCUGCUUCGCCGGCCUUAUCCGGCCUUGCAAUGCUCAGCAGCACCUUGGCAAGGCGCCUGGUCCCCUUGGCUGCUUUGGUGGCAGGUUUGCUGCUGUGCGCAUCGCCGGGAUAUGCUACGGUUGCAGACACCUCCGAAAGCUCGCAGGUGGCAAUGCCUAAGCGUGAAGUUAAAGCCUUGGCGCAUACCCUUCGGGAGGUUGAUAAAUUGCAAGAAAUGGUCCGGCAAAAGGGCACGAUUCCGAAUUUUGGUCGUAUGGCAGACAGAAUCGUGAAGCGCGGCUUGAGAAUAGCAGGAGCCAAGCACGGCUCACAGAUCGAGAAGGCACUGGAUGCCCCGCUCCAAGAGCUUUUCCACGAGCAGCUGCGGACCUUGUCGGCCAGGGCCGCAGAUCGUUACGAGUCGACCAUGGCAGCAAAGCCAAACCCUGUGGAGGCUCGCCGUUCUGCUGAGGCAGAGUUUGUUGAAGGUGCCAAGCCUCUUGUGCGACCGAGCGGCGGAUGGAGCUACGAGGCCGAGCUACAAGAUCUCUUGGGCCGCAUAGCAGGCAGCUCCAGCCAGGAUAUGCGGCUGGUGCAGGAGCAGGGCAGGCAAGGCCAGGGCAAGCAUGUCACGCUGGAGGUCAUCCGCAAGCUGCAGCAGCAGUCGGAAGCGGUUCAGCGAGAGGUGGAGACACGUGGUGCUUUUCCGUGGAAAAUCAACUGGCAGUAUUUCGUGGAUAACUCGCCAGUGGGAUUCCGGGGGCAAUACAGCCAGGGCAGAUCCAUUGUUGAGCUGCUGCUUCUGCCAAGCCCAGACCCUCGUAUGAAGAACAAUCUCCUGAACAAAAUUGGCCCUUUGAAUCUGGCGGUCGCAUUCGACAUGCUGCUCUAA